AGCGGGGAGUUGCUGUGAAUGGGCGGAACAGAGGGAGGCGGAGCAAGUCGAUUGUGCUACUCGAGUACAGUAACGCCAAGGCUCCAUCAUGAGUGGGAAAGAGCGGGUUUACAUCAUGCGUAGGAAUGUUUGGGAUCCGAGAGGUGAUAAGUACAGCACGGUACGGUCGUGGGUUGCGGUUGUGGUAUUCUGUCCACGCUCUUGCACUGCUCCUCCCUCCUCUCAUUCACACGCACACCCACUCACUCUCCCCUUCCCUUCACCUCCUUCCCUCUUUCUCUCUUCCUCCUUCCGUCCUCCAGACAUUAGACCGACACCGGUACAUCGCGGUUUCAUUUGAUACGGUGAUCUUGUAACUUUUUGCGUUGCUAUUUCCGAUCAGCUUCACGUGAGAGCGUCGUCGUCGUCAUCCUUUUUCGGUCUUUCCUCUUGUCCCUCCCCCCCCCUACGGCGCUCUUCGGGGUCCAGUUACAGUGGCUACCCCGCUACCUACCCCGUCCCGCUACGCUUCUUCCACCUCCCCCUCCCCCUCCGUUACAUCUACUUUACCCUCCGUGCAGCUCUCCCGUCCCCAAAUCCUGCCCAAUCAACAAACCUACUCCUGUCCACCGACCUGCCCAUCUAUCCACCGCUGAAAGUGUUUGUUUGAGAAGCUAUGGGGAUCAAGUAAGCCCCCCUUCCCUUCUUCCCUUCUUCCCGCAAUCUAACACCGACCGUGAUAGCAAUCCUCUCCCGGCGAGUCUGCACAGCGAGUGCCGUAAGGCCUCCAGGAUCCUGGCUUCGUUUGUUGAUCCUAAACAGAGCUUUGGCCCUGAUAAGAUUAUCCCACCUUCCGUACUUUCCAACGCUAAGGUGGAGCUCCCCCUUUCUUUCUUUCUUCCCCCCCUCUUGUCUUUACCCUUCCCCCCCCCUUUGCGAGUUGAGAGGCUGAUAAUUUGAUUUGCUGGUGAGUGGUGGGUUAGGGGCUGGCUAUUAUCACAGUGCUCAAAGCGGGCUUCUUGUUCUCGGGGAGAGUCGGGUCUGGAUUGGUGAUUGCGAGGAAGGCUGAUGGGUGUAUGUUCUCAUUUCUGCGUCUCCUGAGCAUAUGGCUGAUUUUUGGUGAAGCCUGGUCCGCUCCAUCCGCAAUCGCCACGGCUGGGUGAGCAAUAUUUGGAAUAUUUUACUGCCGGGACCGGAGACUAAUCAAUGUGCUUUGUAGCGCCGGUUUUGGGGGUCAGAUUGGUGCUGAGCUGACUGACUUUGUCAUGAUCUUGAAUGACUCGAACGCUGUCAAGACUUUCGCUCAGGUUGGCAGCAUCACGCUUGGGGGAAAUGUAUCCGUAGCUGCGGGUCCCGUAGGAAGAAAUGCGGAAGCUAGCGGCGCAGCAAGUUUGAGAUCUGUGGCCGGGAUCUUUUCCUACAGGUGCUCUAAUUUUUCCCACUCGCCAAGAAUCCUUGCAUUGUCGUACAGUCGCUGAUCCCGAGCAGUAAAACCAAGGGUCUUUUUGCUGGUGUCUCCUUGGAGGGUUCGGUGAUCGUGGAACGGAAAGACGCCAACAAGAAGUUUUACGGAGGGAACGUCUCCGCUAGGCAGCUGCUCAGCGGCAGCAUUUCCCCACCGCCCGAUGCCGACGCACUCAUUCGGGUCUUGAAUUCUCGUGUAUUCUCUGGAAAUCUUACUGGUAUGAACUAUGACGAUAUGUAUAAUGAUAUUCCCACCUACGACAGCGAUAGAGACGAGUCCAUUUGGGAGGGUCAGAGCGGCAAUGCUUAUGGUGAAGGGACAGGACGGGGCUCAAUAGGAAAUCGCAACCUGUCCAGGUCUUCAACUUGGAGGGACGACCGGGACAGUGGCUCCCCGCGCGGGGUCUCUAGGGCGUCUACAUGGCAGGAUGAUGUGUACGACCGGGAUAGAAAUAGAGGUGAUCCUGCUGAUGCCGCAUGGAAAGCAUCGCACCGUCCAGACCCUGCUCAAACGUUCGACAAAUAUGAGAGCUCCAAGAGCGCUCAAUUCCAGAGGCAACAUUUCAACAGCACCUACUCUGAUAAGUCGCCUUCGCCCAAACGACCCACGGGGCCCAAACCGGUCUUUAAACCAAAGCCGCCGCUCACAAAUAAGGCUGAACUCAGUGCCAACCAAGCCGUUGCCUUAUACACCUUUGAGGCGGACCAACCGGGUGAUUUGGGUAUGAAGACUUCCGGCAAUUGUGGGCGCGCUUACUGAAUAUAUUUUUUUCUACGUUUAGGUUUCAAAAAAGGUGACGUUAUCACUAUUGUAAAGAAGACUGACUCGAAAAACGUUGGUAUUACAUGGAAGCUUGACUGUAUACAUGCUGACCACUUUCUUUCAGGACUGGUGGACUGGCGAGAUCAAUGGCAAAACAGGAAUAUUCCCCAGGUGAGUGGUAGUCCCCUCCCACCUUCCUGUAUGGAAGUAAGGAAAACGUGGGGUUUUAGAUCUUGGAAGCUUAUGGAUCAAUCCGUUUUAGCAAUUACGUCGAGACCAUGUGAUGUUUUCAAUUGGGUCGAGGAACGAGAUGUGAUGAUGAGAGGAGAGGGGGAGGUAAAAAAAGAAACUUGAUUUUAGCCUAGUUAUAACAUUCCUAUAGUACGGUACUUCUACUCUGGUAUAUCUGGCUGUGUGAGCGCGUAUGUAUGUGCGUGUGAUAGAUAUUGACAAUUUGGUGUUUAGCUUUGUUUUCUCCCUUUUUCUGUCGGUCUUCAAUGGGUAUUGGUUGUUUCUUUCCUUCUUAUCCCAUCGCUAGCGAAAUUGUUUUCUGUGUUCUACACCUCAAAUUUGCGUUUAAGUUACACAGUUAGUUGGUGCACUUGUGCGUGCUGGCAAAUACUCGUACAGUGCUGCCUGUUCCAGAAGCAUAUUUCCUAAACGAAAAGCAGAAAGGAGCAAUACCGUACCCGAUUGGCAAAGGUUUUCUCCUUUCUUCCCUUCUUGUCUGCUCGUGGGAUUUGCUUUGCCUGCCGUACGGUAAUUUCAACUGAGGCUCGAGAGCAGUCAGCUGAUGCAAAAACAGCAUCGUGGAGGCUUUUGCAUGCCCAGAUUGGCCGAUCCAUUGUGUGGGGGGCUUCCCGCCGGGGAAGGGGAGCCCCGGGCUAGGUUAGGAUGGAUCCAAAAGACCCUGAAACUUUUUUUCUUUUUACUUUUUCAUUUUCGGUUGUUUUUUUCCUUUGUUUUUCCCUUCCUUCUCAUCGCGCACCCGUGUACGUGGGUUGAAUGAAUGAGACGGUGGUGAGACGUUGUGAACUUGUGCGGAGCCGGGAUGGACGUUUGGUUGAGGAAAGGGGAGGUUCACGAUACCGGCAUUGAACUAUAGCUAGGAAGAAGGGAUGGAAAAGGGGGAGGGUGUUGCAUAGUACAAGUACAUGAGCAUAUACAUACCGGCAUUGCGCCAGCGCGGGACGGCUCUGCCUACAACACGAUACUUGUACAAUCACAGUGCAGAAUUUACCUCCCCUUAAAGCUGCAAGUAACGGAUUUGUUUAGUUGGGGAAACAAUUCCUCCCUCAAUUCCUUCAUUCUUCCUCCUCCCCCCUUCUCCACCGAGACUCACCAUUCAUAAGAUGUCCUCCGGCCGGCUAAUGGUGAAUAUCAUGAGAAAAGAAAAGAGAAUAAGGAGGGGCAGAAGAAGAGAUAACCGUCCUCUUCGACCUCCCAUGAAGAGCUACCGUAGAGCACGGUACCGGUACCCAUACUGUGACUUAUCUUAGCCGGAUAAGUCGUAUCAUUGAAUUGCUUGUACCGUACGUCGUAUCUCACGU